GGUCAUGUGAGCGCGGCUUCCAUUUUGUGGUGAUCUUUGCAAGGCUGCGGGCCAGUCGCGACUCAGCCGUCGGUGAGGAAGGGUCGAGCUUAAAGCUCUUUCCAGUCUCACCUUGCAGUUUCGGCGAAAGUCAUCAAAAACGGAAGGUCGAAAGAGCAGCUGGUGGUCCAUCUGGAGUGGCAUCAUGAGUGGCUGUCGUGUAUUUAUCGGAAGGCUGAAUCCUGCCGCCCGGGAGAAGGACGUGGAGAGGUUUUUCAAGGGAUACGGACGUAUUCGUGACAUUGAUCUGAAAAGAGGCUUUGGCUUUGUGGAGUUUGAAGAUCCAAGGGAUGCUGAUGAUGCAGUCUAUGAACUGGAUGGAAAAGAACUCUGCAGUGAAAGGGUUACAAUUGAACAUGCAAGAGCUCGCUCUAGAGGCGGAAGAGGCCGAGGAGGCCGUUACUCUGAUCGUUUCAGUAGUCGCCGCCCACGCAAUGACAGAAGAAAUGCUCCACCUGUCAGGACGGAAAAUCGCCUAAUUGUAGAAAAUUUGUCAUCCAGAGUCAGCUGGCAGCAUAUCUGUGUCGUUGGCCUUAUGACGAGGAGUGCCUGUGGGUUAUCCUAAUCGUUCUGUCUUGGUCACUCUUGGUUGGGCCUGGUUGACUUAUCCAGUCAGCUCCUCCAGUGUUUCAGUUGGCCACCUCUAGAUCUGUGUUUGCUGGUCUAGACGUAAUCGAAGCACUGCCUUAAAGUGCCGGGUUGCAGCGAUCCCUGAGCGUUAACGAGAUCUGAGUCCUAAGUUGAGAACUACCUCCUGUAAAGCUUCGAAAUAAGAGAUCGUGAUCGAGAGAGAGUUGAAAGAUACGCAUUAGGUGGUCGUUGGAAUCCUAUCGCAGUGAAGUGGUCCUUGGUGGAACUUCACAAGAGUAGACAAUGUCUGGAACCGCCAGUAGUCUGCUAAUAGGGAGGGCUGUGCCGUUAAAUACUUCCAUCGGCUGGGUAGUAUUCUUCAAACGGUUGGCGAAGAGCCAGUCGGGCAUGUACCAUGACGGUAUCUUCGGUCGCUUAAUGCAGUUUGAUGCUUGGCUAGCCUAGGGAAAUGUUAAUGAAGGUAAAGUAAACUAUAUUUUUAAUGACAUAUGGGGCACAAAAUAACUGGUGUUAUAUAAAUGUACUCUUCUUUUAUCAUAAAACUUUUCAGAAUGCUUUUCUACAAAUAAACUUCAAAUGCAAGACAGUUAUGUAAAAUGUAUAAUAAACAACAUGUUAAAAUCUAACAUUUGCGGAAAGCUAUAUGCUAGCAUUUUGCUUUAAAGCUCUAUGCUAUUUUCAUUUAUUUCGUGCCCUGAUAUAAACUAUCAAAUACAGAAUUAUCUGCAAGUGUGGCAUCUGCCACUUUAUAAUUCUUAACAUCUUUUCUUGCAGUAGUAAUUUUUAAUAUUCACAAAUGCUGUUUGCUGCCUUAUCUAACAUGGUUUUUCUUGUGCUAGGAUCUCAAAGACUUCAUGAGACAAGCUGGGGAAGUAACCUUUGCGGAUG